AUGUUGAGCCCUAUCUUUGUUCUGUGGGAUAUUGGAUAUCCUUUGUACACUUAUGGCUCCAUCAUUAUUAUUGCCUUAAUUCUUUGGCAAGUGAAAAAGAGCCCCCGAGAAUUAAGGUUGGGACCUAACAGAAGCCGUUGCCGGCAUCACCGGAGAGUCAAACAAAACUAUAGAUCAUCAAGAGCUAGGAGACUCUCCUGGGAAGAAGCUGAGAAGCCCUCGGAACUGCUCUCUGUCAUGAAAAGCCUGGAAUGGUUUCCUCAGGAGGGAAGUGUGCGGAGACUCCUGUGUGCAGACCCCUGCUGCCAAACCUGCAAUGCCGUGGCUCUGGAGAUUCGGCAGUUGCUGGUGGGUGAGAACAGCCCGAUCUCUCCCCGUUCACCGGGGCCAUCGCAGGGAUCCUCUUGCCCAGAGAUUUUGUCCCAACACACCCAAGAGCUUUCAUUUCCACCUGCAGUCUCCUCAAUGUCACAACUAAUGGAUCAGAAAUCCUUAACCCAAUCAACUGCCCAGUCAACAGAUGCAGUCAGCAUCCAAGAUGGCCGGGCUGAACACAAGCUAAGGCAGGAACUUCGAGCACUAGAUGUAUCCUGGGAUGCAGGAGCUCUGUCUUCUUUAAGCCUCAAGGAGCGUAGGAUUCCUAUGAACCAGCAAGACAAGAAGAGCAACUCUGAAUAUGCCCUGGAGAAACAAGAAGCUACAGAAGCUGGCUUGGGAAAUAAGAUGAAGCACUAUCCACACUGGAGUAACCCUGAGGUGAAAGAUCAAGGGCAUAAGGAAUCCAUUCUCCUCUCUAAGGAUGAGACAGUGGCCAAAACCUUGGCAAAAACGGUUGAGAAGAGUCCACCCCCCACCAAAGGCCCUGUGAAGCAAGUUAAGUUGGAGAAGACAACAGAGGAUGAGGGCAGUAUCUUCUUUGAUGUCCGCCAGUGCCUAGACAAUGAACCACAUCAACACUCCCUUCAAUCUAGCCACUCCUGGUUCCAGUGCCUUCCCCACAACAGCGCCAAGCACUCUCCUCAGCUGACUUGUGCCACUCAACCAGAAAAUCCAUCCCAGGUCCCAACUCUCACCUCAGCAUAA